AUGUUGAGAGCGUGCAUUCUGGAAUGGGGAGUUCCUUGGGAUACGUACCUGACGUUGUGCGAGUUUGCGUACAACAACAGCUACCACGCCAGCAUAGGUAUGCCACCUUACGAGGCCUUAUACAGGCGGCCUUGUAAGACACCUUUGUGUUGGACGGAGAUCGGAGAGCGACAUAUCUUUGGACCUGAGAUUGUGGAAGAGACGACAGAGGUUAUCCGCAAGAUCAAGGUCAAUCUGAAGGUCGCACAGGAUCGUCAGAAGUCUUAUGCGGACCAGAGAAGAAGAGACUUUACAGUAGAGGUGGGCGAUUUUGUAUUCCUCCGAGUACAGGCGAUUAGAGGGCAUACGCGGUUUGGAAAGACGGGGAAGCUCAAGCCGCGUUACAUUGGGUCGUAUCCUGUGAUUGCAAAGGUCGGGGUUGUAGCAUACCGACUGGACUUACCUCCAGAGCUCGGUCGCAUCCACGAUGUAUUCCAUGUAUCUAUGUUGCGAAAGUACAUCGCGGAUCCUUCGCAUAUAUUGCAGCCACAGGAGAUUGAGCUUACCAGUGAUCAGAAUCCGCGAGAUCAACCACUUCAGAUCGUCGAUCGAAAGAUCAAGAGAUUGCGGAACAAGGAGAUUCCUUUGGUCAAAGUCGUUUGGAGCAGCCAAGGAGUCUCGGACAUGACAUGUGAGCCGGAACAAGAGAUACGCGACCAUUACCCACAUCUCUUCGGCUCGGAGCAGUCUUGGCAACAGCAGAACGAGGGUACUGGUGACACGUGA